AUGGGCGACGCCGCCAAGCCGCUCUCGCUGCUGCCGCUGGUGGCGCUCAUCUUUUAUGACGUGUCGGGGGGGCCGUUCGGCAUCGAGGACGCCGUCAGCAAGGGCUCCCCGCUGCUGGCUGUGCUGGGCUUCCUGGUGCUGCGGCUCAUCUGGUCGGUGCCAGAGGCGCUGGUCACGGCAGAGCUGGCCACCACCUUUCCCGAGAACUCCGGCUACGUGGCCUGGGUGACCGCCGCCUUUGGGCCCUUCUGGGGAUUCCAGAAGGGCCUGUACGCCUGGGUGAGCGGCGUGACCGACAACGCCGUCUACCCGGUGCUCUUCCUCAACUACCUGCAGGAGGUGUGGCCGGUGCUGGAGAGCUACUGGCCUCGCCUCGCCUUCCUGCUGGCCUUCAACAUGGCGCUGACGUACCUCAACUACAGGGGGCUGCACGUGGUGGGGGAGGUGGCUGUGGGCAUGACCAUCUUCACCCUGCUCCCCUUUAUGGCCCUGUGCCUGCUAGGCCUGCCCCACGUGCGCCCCUCCAACUGGCUGGAGGUGGACUGGGGGUCGGUGCAGUGGCUGCAGUUCCUCAACGUCAUGUUCUGGAACCUCAACUACUGGGACUCCGUGUCGUGCCUGGCGGGGGAGGUCAAGGACCCGUCUCGCACCUUCCCCCGCGCGCUAGCGGGCGCGGUGGUGCUGGUGGUUGCCUCCUACCUGCUGCCGCUGCUGGUGGGGCUGGGCGUGACGGCCACCUCCACAGACUGGGAGCUGGGAUACUUUGCGGCGGUCGGGCAGAAGGUGGGCGGCAAGUGGCUGGCCUGGUGGAUCGUGGCGGCGGCCGCCAUCAGCCAGAUCGGGCAGUUCGAGGCGGAGAUGUCCAGCGACAGCUACCAGCUGCAGGGCAUGAGCGAGCGCGGCUUCCUGCCCGCCUUCUUCAACACACGCAGCAAGCACGGCACCCCGGUGUAUGCCAUCAUGGCCAGCAGUGUGGGGGUGAUGGGCAUGGCCAGCUUCGACUUCCUGGAGAUUGUGGAGCUGCUCAACUGCGUUUACUGCAUGGGCCAGCUGCUGGAGUUUGUGGCCUUUGUGUGGCUGCGCAUCAGGUAUCCCACCCUGCACCGCCCGUGCCGCAUCCCGUUGCCCACCUGGGGCUGCAUUGCCAUGCUGGUCCCCGCCUGCCUGCUGCUGGCAGGGCUGCUCAUCGUGCCAUGGGUGCUGGUGAGCGGGCCCGCCUCGCUUGCCCAUCCCACCUGCCCACCUGCAUGCACUGCCCUCCGUGCCUGUCCCUGGCGCAUGCUGCUGCUGGUGCCUCCUGCCUGCCAGCCAGCCACCCUGCCCUGCUUCCCACCUGCCCUGCGGCCGUGCCACGGUAAACAGUAUCAACCUGCACAGCCGAAUCAUACCGCCCCCACAUGCCGCAGGGCGACCUGGCCGUCAUCUCCUUCACCUUUGCCACCGUGGCCCUGGGCUGCGUGCUGCACCCGGCGCUGCAGGUGGGGCUGCUGGGUUUAG